AUGGUCGAAAGUUCACAUCCGUCAUUCUUUUCAUAUAACUCGCAAGCUUCACGAAAUGCAAAGAUAUCACAGGACUCAAUGUGCCGAAAUACAAAAUAUCAUAGGACUCAAUACUCCGUAAUGAAAGAAAAUAUUCCGCUCAUCUACCUGUUAAAAGGAUCGAGAGCGGUGUCAAGAAAGCAUGGAAGUAUUCCAGAAAAUUCCAUGAAGCGACUGGAUUAG